AUUUAUUUUAAAAACUACAUUACCCAGACAUCUUCACGAUGACGCCUUAAUGCGUAGAUUCCAAGAUGGUGCUGGAAAGUACGAUGGUCUGUGUGGACAACAGUGAGUACAUGCGGAAUGGAGACUUUCUUCCCACCAGACUACAUGCUCAGCAGGAUGCAGUUAAUAUUGUGUGUCACUCCAAAACCCGCAACAACACUGAAAACAAUGUGGGCCUCAUAACCAUGGCAAACAGCUGUGAGGUGCUGACCACCUUGACUCCAGACACAGGCAGGAUUCUGUCCAAACUCCAUGCUGUGCAGCCUCGUGGACACAUCAGCUUCUGCACUGGUAUCAGAGUGGCACAUUUGGCGCUGAAGCACAGACAGGGCAAAAACCACAAAAUGCGAAUUAUUGCAUUUGUUGGCAGUCCAGUGGAGGACAACGAAAAAGAACUGGUGAAAAUGGCAAAGCGUCUUAAGAAGGAAAAAGUCAAUGUGGAUGUUAUUAACUUUGGGGAAGAGGAAUUGAACACAGAGAAGCUGACUGCUUUCAUCAACACACUGAAUGGGAAAGAAGGGGCAGGUUCCCACUUGGUCACAGUGCCUCCAGGCUCCAGUUUGGCUGAUGCCCUGCUGACAUCCCCCAUCCUGGCUGGAGAAGGAGUUGCUGUGCUGGGCCUGGGUGCCAGUGAUUUUGAGUUUGGAAUUGAUCCCAAUGCAGAUCCAGAGUUGGCCUUGGCUCUUCGGGUAUCCAUGGAGGAGCAGAGGCAAAGACAAGAGGAAGAUGCCCGCAGAGCUGCUGUUGUGUCAACUGCUGAAGCUGGAGUUUCCUCCCCUACUGCAGAUGACUUGUAUUAUGCAGAGUCUGACGAUACCCUCUUGAAGAUGUCAGUUCAUCAUGCAGAUUCUGUCACGCCGGCCCUACCAGACUUCAGUCGCAUGACAGAGGAUGAGCAGAUAGCCUACGCUCUGCAGAUGUCCAUGCAGGGAGCAGGAGCAGAGUUUGGUGCUGACGACAUGGACACAGGAGCUGAUAUUGACUCCAGUGAGACAAAGGAUGAGGAGACUAUGAUGUUAUGCAGGAUCCAGAGUUCCUUCAGAGUGUUCUGGAAAAUCUUCCGGGAGUCGAUCCCAACAUGAGGCCAUCCGAAAUGCCAUGGGCUCUCUGACUUCCCAGACUGGGUCCAAACCUGAGACCAAGAAGGAUGAAGAGAAAAAGAAAUGAAUAUCAGAUUACAGGAAGUGUGUGUGUGUGUGUGU